UGGCUGGCGGCAGUGGCGGCUCUCGGGGCUGGGCUGUCAGUCCUCGAGCGGAGGGGAAGAUGGCUCGCUGAACUCCGUUCUGCUAGGAAGAAGAAGGGCAGGUGGUGCUGCUACUCGGGAGAAAGCAGAGCAGCCGCCGUCGCUGUCGCUGCAAGCCAGACAAGUCGAGGUUCCGUAGGUGGAGCUCGGGAAGCCGCUCUGGUUGAAAGUUUAGAACAGAUGUGGAAAGAUGUUCACUUCAGAGAAAGGGGUUGUGGAGGAAUGGUUGUCAGAGUUUAAGACACUAACAGAAACAUCUUUACCAAAUUAUGCUACAAAUUUGAAAGACAAGAGUUCUUUAGUUUCAUCUCUCUAUAAAGUUAUCCAGGAGCCACAAAGUGAGUUGCUGGAACCUGUCUGUCACCAGCUCUUUGAAUUCUAUCGCAGUGGAGAGGAGCAGUUGCUUCGAUUCACACUGCAGUUUCUUCCAGAACUGAUUUGGUGCUACCUUGCAGUGUCGGCCAGCAGAAAUGUGCAUAGCAGUGGAUGCAUCGAAGCUCUUCUUUUAGGGGUCUACAAUUUGGAAAUAGUUGACAAACAUGGUCAUAGCAAAGUAUUGAGUUUUACGAUUCCAUCUUUAUCCAAACCAUCAGUGUAUCAUGAACCUUCCAGCAUUGGGUCAAUGGCUUUGACUGAGAGUGCACUCUCCCAGCAUGGUUUGUCAAAAGUUGUGUACAGUGGACCUCACCCCCAAAGGGAGAUGCUGACAGCACAGAAUAGGUUUGAAGUUUUGACAUUCCUUUUGUUGUGUUACAAUGCUGCCUUGACCUAUAUGCCUAGUGUUUCUCUUCAAUCACUGUGUCAGAUCUGUUCAAGAAUCUGUGUUUGUGGAUAUCCCAGGCAACAUGUAAGAAAAUACAAAGGUAUAAGUAGCAGGAUACCAGUUUCUUCAGGAUUCCUGGUGCAGAUGUUAACAGGGAUUUAUUUUGCCUUUUAUAAUGGUGAAUGGGACCUAGCACAAAAAGCAUUGGAUGAUAUUACAUACCGAGCCCAGCUAGAAUUAUAUCCAGAGCCAUUGCUGGUUGCUAAUGCAAUAAAGGCUUCAUUGCCUCAUGGCACCAUGAAAUCUAGUAAAGAGGGUACAAGGUGUAUUCAAGUUGAAAUAACACCAACUUCCUCUAGAAUAUCAAGAAAUGCAGUAACCAGCAUGUCAAUAAGAGGUCAUAGAUGGAAAAGACAUGGAAAUACAGAAUUAACAGGUCAAGAAGAACUGAUGGAGAUAUCUGAAGUUGAUGAGGGAUUUUAUUCCAGGGCUGCAUCUAGUACCAGCCAGUCGGGUUUAUCAAACAGUAGUCACAAUUCUAGUAACAAGACAGGUGUAGGAAAGACUCAGAGACGGUCAGGAGGAGGCAAAACUGGAGGAAAAGAAAAAGAAACUUCAGUGGAGUCUUGUAAAGAUCACUUUGCUCGAAAACAGACUCAGAGAGCCCAAAGUGAGAACCUUGAGCUUCUCUCUCUGAAGAGACUUACGUUAACAACCAGCCAAUCCCUGCCGAAACCCAGUAGCCAUGGUUUGGCUAAGACUGCCACAACUGUAUUUAGUAAAUCCUUUGAACAAGUCAGUGGUGUCCCAGUCCCACAUAACCCAUCAUCUGCUGGUGGCUGUGGGACUGGGACAGAUGCCAAUAGGUUUUCUGCUUGCAGUCUCCAAGAAGAAAAGCUUAUUUAUGGUUCUGAGAGGACUGAGCUCCCAGUGAAGCACCAGUCAGGUCAGCAGAGACCUCCUAGUAUUAGCAUUACUCUGUCCACAGAUUAAUUCAUAGUAGUUUUCUCAUGUAACCAGUGAAUGUGGAAACACAAGCACUUCUUUAUGAGAGGGCUUAGGGUUUUUCCUCCCUGUUCCUGUCAGGAGCCCUGGUGUCUUAAAUUCUGAAGGCUACCCUGACUUUAUGAAGGGAAUAAUGCCUAGGUUGUACUUAAGGUGAAAUAUGGUUUUGCUAUUUCUUGGUUACAUUUUUCCCCUUUGAUUUGAGUCUUUCUCAUUUGUUUUUUAUUGCCCUAAGAUCAUCAGUGUGACAAUAUAUUUUGGCAGAUUGUCUGAUCAGAUUGGUUACAUCUCAUGUGACGUUAUGAGGUUUUUGUUCUUUGUUUUUAAUAACUCCUAUUUUGGUAGCUAUAUGUUUGACCUUCAGAAUAAAAGGGAACCUCUAUGUGUGGAAACUGUUUUUUAAAGGACAAGGCUGAGGUGCAACCCCAGGAAUUCUACAGCUGACUGCUCAGCAAGCCCAUCUGAAAAACAGGCAUGUGAAAGAACAAAAAUGAUGUGUAUGAAGAGUGCCUGAAAAAAUGUUUGUAACCAGAUCAUCUUUAAGAUUAGUGGAGUAGUUCUGAAAAGCACUGGAAAAUACCUGGUAACUCAGUACCUAGAGUAUUAUGUAAUUCCAGGGGAUGGGGAGAGGGCUUUCUGUUAUUUUAUCAAAAAUCAGAGUGCUAGCAGAUGUGUUGUUUUGAAGUAUUUGAUCUGGAUUUAGCAGGUGAAGAGCCCUUUCAAUUCCUAAGAUGUAAUAGAUCACACAACUGACUUACCCUGCUGCUCGACUUUGGAAAUCCUACUUAGUUUGGAUUCCUAUAAUUCAAAGCACACAUCAUCAAAGACUUUCUGGAAAUCAUUGUAAUUUUUGCAACACAGCUCUCCAGAUACCCAGUGUCAACCAUACAAUAUUGAAUUGUUUGUCUGCAAAUGAAGGAAAUUAGGUAAAUUUUUUUUACCUAUAAAAUAGUGAAAUAUGGAUAAAGGACCUUUAUGUAUUAACUAAUUUAGGGUUGUUUAUGUUUGUGUUGUUAAAUUGAGAAUUAUAAAAUACAAGAAAAUCAUAUAGGUUAUCUUGUGAACAAACUCAUUUUAAAAGUCCAUGUUGUUACAGAAGGAAUAAUCAAUGUGGUUUCCCCAGCCAAAAGGUAAAAAAAAAAGGCAAUAUGGCAGAAGCUAAACAAACUUGCAGGUAGCUGUAGAGAACAGUGUGACCUCUAAAUGGAUGUCAAAGUUGGGUGUUUGAUAGUGGUGGUCAUUUCUGCUCUGGUUAAGGUUCUCUGUGAAUCAAGUAUGCUUAAAUAAUAAUUCAGAAUAAAAGAGAAAUCUGGCCUGAGGACGAGAGUAAGUUGACAGGGAAGGAAGGCCUAGCAAGUCUUGGUCUCUGUACAUAGUGAUUUCCUUAUUCAUGAUCCCCAGUUGUGGUCACACAGAGCAAAUGCUAGUUUUCCUCUUAUAUCUGCCUAUAGAGAACUAAAAUAUGUGAAAAAUGUGUAUGUCCUGAAGAGUGCUAAGGCAUUUAUACUAUGAAUGCACUUUUGACCAUAACUACUUUGGCUACCAUUUUAAAUCUAAUUCUUCAAAAAGCAUAAACUAGUUUUCAUUUAUUAACCCUGAAUAGAAUAUGGUUUUUAAGUGAACUUGAUUUUUUUUAGUUCCAGUAAUAGAAAAUGGAAUAUGGUCUAUUGGCAUAAAUUGUAGUAAAGAAAAAGUAAGACAACCAGACAAAUUUGAUAUAGUAUAAAUUUAAUAGGAAUCCUGUAUACAAUUUAAAAUAUUUGUAAAAUGUCACUGUUAACUUCUUAUUGUCUUUUUUAAUUCUUUAACAAAGAAUUUCCCCCUAGGUAUAGCUACUAACAGUAUUAAUAAUCUUAGGAGCUAAUUUUAAAAAUUGGCAUUUUAAGCAAGUUAAGGGGCUUAGGAAACAUACAAUAAAUUUGAGGAAACAUUAGCUGAGGUCAUAUUUUGAUGUUCAAAUGCUGUAAUGAAACCUCAUUUUGGUAUUCUAGUCAUUGCUACUCCUUUGGUCUGAGGACCAGUAAAUAAAUUGAUAUCACUUAGCAUCUUGUUACAAAUGAAGAAUUUCAGAUCCACUGUAUUAUAAUCUGCUCUUUAGAAGGAUUUUCAAGUGGUUUCUUAUGCACAUUAAAGUUUCAGAGGAGAGCAAAUCAAAAUGCAAACAAAUAACUUAUGUAAUGUUUAGAAUUUCCAGUGGUUUCAUAAUUCUAGAUCAAAUAUGUUAGCUACCAGAUCAUUAUAACCUAAAUUGUUUUCAACAACUAAUUUAUUUUCUAAUAAUGUCAAUGACAUUGACUUCUUAAGCCCUUCAAUUCUAUAUUUUUGAUUUUCACUUAUUUUUGCCAUAAAAACAUAACAUUUUAUAUUUUCCUUGUUAAUCAAAUGGAAUCAGAGCUGUGGAUGGCUACAAUUUUAAGCAUGAAAGAAGCACCACCCUUUUGUACAACACACAACAAAUUUGCAUGUGUAUAUUCUUUUAAAAACUCUGAAGGCUCACUCGGAGUGGUUCUGAAUUUUUGCUUCAAGUAAUUUGCCUUGAUUGAUAUUCUGGUGUAUGGAGUUAACAGUAAAAUUCUUUUAUAGUACAUUUGAUACUAUUUCAAAUAAGAAUUAUACAUUUGAAAUAUUUUGUAGCAAUUACAAAUAUUGGAUAAUGCUAGCUGUGGUAAUGGUUGUAAUUAUCCCUACUACUUUCUUCCCACUCACCUUUCCAAAUUUGCAAGUUGGGGUGGCUUUUUAGGUCAUUUUCUCAUGAGGAUUCUGAUGUGACCAUUUGGGCACAGACCCCCUAUAUAUUCAGAAUAAUAUAUUUUAUCACAAGAAGGAUUCGGCACAAAACUGGGGCCUUGUACCUCAUAGCUCAGAGUAUCUAAACAGGAAUUGUAGCUCCAUUCUACAUUUUAAACCUCUAGAGAUUCUUGGAAUUACCCCACCUCUCACUCUUCAAAUACCCAACUGCCUAGCGUAUAUUCUCAUGAAGUUGAGUCCCAGCAUUUGCCUUUUGGAAUUUAAGUGGGGAGAGAAACAAAGUAGACUUUUCAAGAGAGAACCCUGGACAAGUGAGGACCUGAAAUCUCUGCUAUACCACUAUGGAACUUUUGAAGGCAGCUUUGUAAACUUGUAGAGUUGAAAUUCUCAGUCCUUUUCAAUUAUGAAGCAACUAUUUAGCAAACACUACACAUUUAAAAAUAAAACUUGGAUUAAGGGGAAAUAUGUUUUUUAAACCAAAAUAGAUUUUUUAAAUGAUGCCAGUUUUAAGGGAUUUUGCCUAUUUUGGAAAAAUGAAAGUUAAAACUUUUAAAUUAUAAAGAAAAAAAGAAUUUUUGACAAAUAAUUAAGGCUACUAUUUGAGUCUACAGGCACAAUGAAAUCUACACUUUAUUAAAGGGAAGCACAUUAAGGAAGUAUAUAUGUUAAAUGUUGUAACUGAAAGUAUUUUAUUAAAAACUUUAAGAAGAACAAAAAUUUGAUUGGUACUUAAAUUAAGCAUUGUAGAUAGAAAAAUUAAUGUAUAAUAGUGUCUUUCCAUUCUUUGGAUAAAAAAUAGAAAAUCUCUAGUCCUUUAAGUAGCAUGAAUUUAUACUUUAGAUUUGUUGCUUAGUAAAAUUAUAGUCAAUAUUUUGAGUUAUUUACACUUAUGUUUAAUACUGCUGAAUUCCACAUCAGAGAACAUCUGUAUGUUGUCUUCUGUAUUUUGUAACUUGUGCAUAUCUAAAGAGACUAGCAGUGAACAUUUUGGAAGCUGUUUCUGUGUUUUAGAUAGUAGAGUUCUAGAGUACCUGUGUGUUGAUACAAGGUUUCUGCUAGUAAACUCAAGAUACCAUUUUGCAUAUUGUUGCUUUCUCUAUGUGGAAUUUAUUGUGUACUUCUUAUUUUUACUUCUAAUCAUGUAGUGAUACUUUUUCAUAGUAAGUAUACUUGUUUCUAAUUAUAUUCUUAUAGUUUACAUUCCUAAAGAAUAAACUAUGAUUUUGGAUAUUUUUAUGUGUUCUCUACCUUUUUAAGGCUGUGGAAAUAAACUGGAGUUUAAUUUUU